UGUUGUUGAUGUUAUUGGGCUGGUUGUGUAGUUAAGAAUUACAUGUUAGUUAACUGAAUAAUAUUUAUUUUAGCCAGGUCGGUAAAUUUUGUUAAUUUCUACUGGUAUUUUGUAUUUUAGGGACACCUAAUUACACUAAUUGUUGUUAAAAACUCCUCAUAUGGUGUUUACUAGUGUAGAAAGGAAACAUUUAGGGUGAGGAAACAUGAAAUGAGGAAGUUAUGGUGUCCUGUUAUGGGCCUGCUUGACUUCAGAUUAUCUAUCAGUCUGUGGUUUGAACACAGUACCGGCAAAAAUAGUUUGCUUUUAAUUAAGAGAGGAGUAUCUGGCAACUUAUAAUGAUGAAAUUAUUUCUUUGUUGUUGCAUUCAUGUAUGGUGUAUUAAUUGCUGAUCAGAGAAAACUUAGGUAUAUUUGUGCAACAAGUAUUUGUUUGAAGAAACAUGUUUACAGAUACAGAUGAAAAACCGUAUAAGUGUUCCCUUUGCAGCUAUGCUUGCACAAAAAGUAGUACUUUAAGGGGUCAUACAUUAACACAUACAGGUGAAAACCCAUAUAAGUGUCUUUUGUGCAGUUACGCUUGUAAGCAACCCAGUCUGUUGAAGAUUCAUUUAUUAAAUCAUACAGGUGAGAAGCCUUAUAAGUGUACUUUGUGCGGCUAUGCUGGUGCAACAAGUAGCCAUUUGAAAAGACAUACAUUAACACACAGAAGAGAAAAACCUCGUAAAUGUUCUCUGUGUAACUAUUCGUGUGCAAGAAGUAGUCAUUUAAAGAGUCAUAUGUAUACACACACAAGCAAGAGUGCUUAUAAAUGUUCUAUGUGCAGCUACGCUAGUACAAGACCCGGUGAUUUGAGGAAGCAUGUAUUAACACAUACAGGUGUAAAACCUUACAAGUGUAUGAUGUGCAGUUUAGCUUGUGUCACAAGUAGUAAUUUAAAGGAUCAUAUGUAUACACAUACAGAUACUGUGAAAAAACACAAGUGUUCUCUGUGCAGCUACUCUUGCACAACACGUUGCAGAUUGAGGGAGCAUACAUUUACACAUACAGGUGAAAACCAAUAUAAGUGUCCCCUGUGCAGUUAUGCUUGUAAGCAAUCUAGCCUGUUUGAGACUCAUUUUUCAAAUCAUACAGGUGAGAAGCCUUAUAAGUGUACUUUGUGCAGCUACGCUGGUGCAACUAGUACUUAUUUGAAAAGACAUGCACUAGUACAUAAAAGAGAAAAACCUUACAAAUGUUCUCUGUGCAGCUAUGCUGGUGCAUCUAGUCGUCUUUUAAAGAGUCAUAUGAAUACACACACAAGCGGGAGAGCUUACAAAUGUUCUAUGUGCAGCUACACUAGUACAAGGCCUGGUGAUUUGAGGAUGCAUAAAUUAAAACAUUCAGAUGAGAAACCGUAUAAGUGCACUGUGUGCAGCUAUACUUGUAAAUUUCAAGGACAAUUAAAUAGUCAUAUUAAGUAUAAACACACAAACGAGAAAGCGUACAAAUGUUCUUUGUGCAGCUACGCCACUACAAGACCUGGUGAUUUGAGAAGGCAUACAGUGACACAUACAGGCGACACACCGUAUAAGUGUACUCUGUGCAGCUAUUUGAGUGCAAGAAGUAGUCAUUUGAAGAGACAUGCAUUAAUACAUAGGAGUAACACCUGCUAAAUGUUCUCUGUGCAUUUCUGCUAGAGCAACAAGUAGCUGUUUGAAGCAAAGUGCUUUCACAUGCAGAUGACUAACUUCAAAAGUGUCCUUUGUGCAGUUACGCUAGUAAAAAGCCUAGUGAUUUGAAGAGGCAUACAGUAACACAUACAUGCGGAAAACUUUAUGUGUACUCUGUGCAGCUAUCUAUAUGCGAGAAGUAGUAAUUAAAAGAACCAUAUGUGUACACAUAGAGGUGAGAAACCUUAUAUGUGUUCUCAGUGCAGCUUUGCUGGUGCAAGAAAUAAUCAUUGAAGGAUCAUACAUACGUACAGAGUUAAAAAUCCUUAGUAAUAGUCAGUUUGCAGCUAUGCUCGUAAACACAGUUUGAAGGGACACAUAUAUACAUACAGAUUAUCAGCGUGUGGUUUGAACACAGUACCGUCAUAGAUAACUAGUUUGCUUUUUAUCAAGAUGUAUCUGGCAACUUACAAUGAUGAAAUUAUUUCUUUGUUGUUGCUUUGUAUGGUGUAUUAUUUGCCGAUAAAACAAAACUUAGGUAUAUUUGUGCAACAAGUAUAUGUUUGAAGAGACAUGUUUACAGAUACUGUGAAAAAACACAAGUGUUCUCUGUGCAGCUACUCUUGCACAAAACGUAGCAGAUUGAGGGAGCAUACAUUUACACAUACAGGUGAAAACCAAUAUAAGUGUCCUCUGUGCAGUUAUGCUUGUAGGCAAUCUAGCCUGUUUGAGAUUCAUUUUUCAAAUCAUACAGGUGAGAAGCCUUAUAAGUGUACUUUGUGUAGCUACGCUGGUGCAACGAGUACUUAUUUGAAAAGACAUGCACUAGUACAUAAAAGAGAAAAACCUUACAAAUGUUCUCUGUGCAGCUACUCUGGUGCAUCUAGUCGUCUUUUAAAGAGUCAUAUGGAUACACACGCAAGCGAGAGAGCUUACAAAUGUUCUGUGUGCAGCUACACUAGUACAAGGCCUGGUGAUUUGAGGAGGCAUAAAUUAAAACAUUCAGAUGAGAAACCAUAUAAGUGCACUGUGUGCAGCUAUACUUGUACAUUUCGAGGACAAUUAAAUAGUCAUAUUAAGUAUAAACACACAAACGAGAAAGCGUACAAAUGUUCUUUGUGCAGUUACGCCAGUACAAGACCUGGUGAUUUGAGAAGGCAUACAGUGACACAUACAGGCGACACACCGUAUAAGUGUACUCUGUGCAGCUAUUCGAGUGCAAGAAGUAGUCAUUUGAAGAGACAUGCAUUAAUUCAUAGGAAUAACACCUGCUAAAUAUUCUCUGUGCAUUUCUGCUAGAGCAACAAGUAGCUGUUUGAAGCAAAGUGCUUUCACAUGCAGAUGACUAACUUCAAAAGUGUCCUUUGUGCAGUUACGCUAGUAAAAAGCCUAGUGAUUUGAAGAGGCAUACAGUAACACAUACAUGCGGAAAACUUUAUGCUGUGCAGCUAUCUAUAUGCAAGAAGUAGUAAUUAAAAGAAGUACACAUAGAGGUGAGAAACCUUAUGUGUUCUCAGUGCAGCUUUGCUGGUGCAAGAAAUAAUCAUUGAAGGAUCAUACAUACGUACAGAGGUAAAAAUCCUUAGUAAUAGUCAGUUUGCAGCUAUGCUCGUAAACACAGUUUGAAGAGACACAUGUAUAUAUAUAUAUAUAUACAGGUAAGAAACCUUGACGUGUAACUAAGCCUGUAUAAAGAUUUUAAUGGGAUUUACGUUUGUUUAUAUAUGCAGUGUUUCCCCUUACAAUUAAAUACUUAGCUGUUCAGAUUUCACAAAUGUUCUUCCUACAUUUAUGAAAGUACUGAAAUUGGUAUUUUGAAAAAACUUAAUGGAAUGCAAAGAUUAAAAACGUUCGCCUGUGCAGUUAUGCUUGUGGAAAAAACAAAUUUUGACGAUAUGUGUUAUCAAACACUGGUGAUGAUUGGACUCCACAGAAUUUAGUUAUGUUAUCAAUGAUUGUUUACUGUACGAGCCGGUAAAACGUAAAUGAUAGGAAGAUUUGUUCAUUAUGUAGCUCUAAGUAUAACCAAAAGAGAUGCUUCUGUUAACCUAUGAAGUUGAAAAGCCAUAUUAAAGUUCUAUUGAAGUACGUACUGGAAGUGGCCAACGUUAAAUAUGUUGUACUACACAGGUCAAUAAUUUUACAAGUGUUUACUUAUGUUUUAGGUGAACAUAAUUAGCUGUAAUAUAUGCAAUUUGUGCAUUUAUUUUGAGCUAAUAUGUGACAUUGCUGAAAUUUGCAGUACAAAAGCAUUAUUAGAUAUUAGGUAAAUAUGUAAAAUGUUGCCGCUCUCGUUGCAAGAUUUCAUACCACUUUUAUAAUAUAAUACUUUAAUUACAUUGUUAUACUGUAUGGAACAAAGAGAAUAAAAAAACUAAACACAA